AUGCAACAACCACAAGUUGAUGUUUCCUCUUUAAAAUUUGAUUUCAGCAAGAUCAACAUUCCGAAUCAACAUACUCCAAUCCACAAGGAAGAAUGCUGUAUUUCUUUUGAUACACCAAAAUCAGAAGGAGGCUUGAACAUUUGUUUGAAUACCUUUUUAGCCUUUUCUCAAAAGUUUGUCAGAAAACAUUUUGAACUAACUGGUAAUAGCGUAUUUUUGAAUAUUAAGAGAAUUAAGAAAUGGACACCACCUGAAGAGAAGAAGGUUGAAGAAGUUCCCACAAAAAUGGCUAUUGGUGUGGAGGGAGGUUUUAAUAUUAAAGAAGAGGAGGAGGAUGACAAAGAUCAGUACGAUGAAUUGUUAUCUUUGGUGCUAUUGGAGCCAAAUAAUGUUGUAAUUCCAUUGCCUAACAAUGAUCUACCAGAGAAAGUCAAGCUGUCCAUCAAAGGCGUUUUAGAAAAUCAAGCAGUAGAACGUAAGAAGGAGGUGUUGCAAUGGGAAGGUGAGCCAUUGGAUGAAGGAAAGCAUACGUUGACUUUGAAACAAGUUGGAAACGUGAAGGUUCCUCCAUCUGGUUGGAAAUGCAGCCAAUGUGAUAUCACCGACAAUUUAUGGUUGAAUCUUAGUGAUGGACAUAUUGGAUGUGGAAGAAAAUUCUGGGAUGGCAGUGGAGGAAAUAACCAUGCUGUAGAACAUUACCAACAAACAGGGUUUCCUAUUUGUGUAAAACUUGGAACCAUUCAAUUAGAUGAGCAUGGAGAACCCAAGGCAGAUGUGUAUUCAUAUGCAGAGGAUAAAAUGGUUAAAGAUUCUAAAUUGGUUGAACAUUUAGAAUACUUUGGAAUUAAUAUUAGGGAAAUGAAAAAGACUGCCAAAACUAUGACUGAAAUGGAGCUUGAUCAAAAUUUGAAUUUCGAUUUUACUAGAAUUCAAGAAAGUGACAAGAAUUUACAACCUCUCUAUGGCCCAGGAUACACAGGAAUGAAAAACAUUGGCAAUUCCUGCUAUUUGGCUAGCGUAAUGCAAACUCUGUUUUCGCUUCCAGAAUUCCAAAAGAGAUAUUACGACAGAGAAAUGUCAUGCUAUGUAUCCACAAGCUCGAUUGAUACGCUUACACUUCAAAUGGCAAAAUUAGCUUAUGGAUUAUUGUCCGGUGACUAUUCAAGAGAAGAAUUUGAUGAAAAUAACGAACGAAGAUACCAAGAGGGCAUUCCACCAAGAUCUUUCAAAAGUGUUGUUGGAAAGGGUCACGCAGAAUUCAGUACUAUGAGGCAACAAGAUUCAGUUGAGUUUUAUCAAUAUCUUUUGCAACUUAUUGAAAGAGAAGAUAAGAGGGUUGGAUUUGAAAAUUCUAUUACUCAUCUCUUCAAUUUUAAAGUUGAAGAGAGAAUUGAAUGCUCUGAAACCAAGAAGGUAAAAUACACUCACAGAAAAGAUAACUUACUUUCGCUCCCAGUUCCUCUUUCUGAAGCUACGAACAAGGCUGAAUAUGACGAGUUCUGUAAGCGUGAGAAAGAGAGAGAAGCAAAAGAAAAAGAGCUUGGGCUUGCUCAAAACGUGAAUAGCCGACCUAUCGGCACUUCUAAUGAAAACAAAGAGGUAGUUAGACCAAAAGUUCCUUUAUCAAAAUGUCUCGAAGCAUUUGCUGAUGUAGAUGCAGUUGAGAACUUUUAUAGCUCAGCACUUGGAAGAAAGACUAUUGGCUUGAAGCAAACCAAAUUAUCAACAUUCCCAGAUUAUUUGUUUGUUCAAAUAAGAAAAUUUGUUUUGGAUGGCUGGGUUCCAAAGAAAUUGGAUGUUUUUAUCACGGAUGCAGAAGAGUUAGAUUUGACAAAUAUUAGAGGCACUGGUUUGAAACCAAAUGAGCAAGAACUUCCAUCCGAUGAACCAAAGCAGGAGUCCAUUUACAUUGACAUGCAGAUCGUUCAAAGUCUUGUUGAAAUGGGUAUUCCAGAAAAUAGAGCCAAGCGAGGAGCAUGGAAAACCAAUAAUGUUGGUUUGGAUGCAGCAAUGGAUUGGGUGUUUGAUCAUUCAGGAGACGCAGAUAUUGAUGAGCCCAUCCCAGAACCUUCUAAGAAACAAUCGGGAAGUACUUCAUCCAAUGCUCCAAGCGACUCUGAUGUGGAAGCAAUUAUGAACCUUGGUUUUCCAAAAGAACAAGCAGUUGUUGCUCUCAAGCAAACUUCUAACAACAUUGAACGAGCUGCAGAAUGGCUUUUCAGUCACAUGGAUGACAUUGAUCAAUAUUUGAAGGAAGAGACACCAAGUACUGGCAUCACAAAAGAAGAGAAGCAUGAAACAUUUACUGAUGGCUCUGGAAAAUAUGAAUUGAUUGGAUUUAUCAGCCAUAUUGGAGCCAAUACAGGAUGUGGUCACUAUGUUUGCCAUUUGAAGAAAGAAGUUGAUGGCCAACAGAAAUGGGUGUUGUACAAUGAUAGCAAGGUUCUCGUAAGUGAAAACCCUCCAUUUGACAUGGGCUACCUCUAUCUCUAUAAGAGAAAAUAG